AUGGGACUUCAGCUAUCGAUAGAAAUCCUAAAACUGCUAAUUUCUAUUUUAAAUGACAUAGAAGAAUUUGGAUAUAGCAGCACCAGCAGCAGCGAUGAAGGCGAUGAUGCUGGAAAUGAAACCUCUCGGUCUAAAUCAGGAUCUUUGCGUGAAUUCUUGAGCGAUUACGAAAAUAUCGUGAACGGUGGAGGACAAGGAACGCAAAUAAGCGAACGAGCAGGUACUGGAGAAUCAGGCUACCGUAGCGAAUCUGCUUACGAAGAGACUACAUCCAGAGCGCGUUUCGGUGGUCCCGUCGAUCCUGUGUAUAGUAGGUCAGUCUGUUCAAGCCAUUAA